GGAACCGCCAAAGAGACCAUCUUAAGUUAAGUGGCAUUUUCCUUGCUUUAGGACCAGAGCCUCAUGUGUUUGAAAGUGGGUUGUUGUUUCCAUCAUCUGCUUUGCGACUCACUCCCUCUUUUCCCCCAUUUGCUUUUUCGUCUACCCUUUCUUCAAUAUGGAUACUUCUCACUGGCCACAGGGCAUAGGACUAGUGAAAGCUGUGGAACCCUCAAAACCAGUGCCAGCAACAGAACGAAAGCCAAGACCACAAAAGGAACAAGCAAUAAAUUGUCCAAGAUGCAAUUCAACAAACACAAAAUUCUGUUAUUACAACAAUUAUAGCCUCUCUCAACCAAGGUAUUUUUGCAAAACUUGUAGAAGGUAUUGGACUGAAGGUGGUUCUUUAAGAAAUGUUCCAGUUGGUGGCGGUUCAAGAAAAAACAGAAGAUCUAAUUCCUCUUCUAAUAAUUCUUCAUCCUCCACAUCAUCUUCAUAUAAGAAAAUUCCAGAUCUCACAAUUCCAACUUCUUCUUCUCAAAACCCUAAAAUAAUUAACGAACCCCAUGACCUAAAUUUAAGUUUUAACCCAACCACUACUAGCAAUUUCAGUAACAUUUCUGAGCUUAUGGCCUUACCUUUAAUGAACCCUAAUUCCACAACUUCAUUUAUGUCCUCUAUUAUGCCACAGCUUUCGGAUUCUAAUAAUAUUGUGUACUCAUCAACAUCAACUGGGCUACCUAAUUUGCAUGAUUUGAAGCCUACACUUAAUUUUUCUUUGGAUGGGUUUGAUAAUAAUAAUGGGUAUGGAAGUUUACAAGGAGAGACUGCUGGAGCAAAACUGUUUUUCCCUUUGGAUGAUUUGAAGAAUGUUUCAACGGCAAAUGAUGAUCAUGAUUUUGAUGAACAAAAUAGAGGGCAAGCUGCUGAAUCUCAUGGAUUUUGGAAUGGAAUGUUGGGCGGAGGAUCAUCUUGGUAAUUAAUUAGAAGGUGGUGUUUUCUAUUUGUGUCUUUAAGUUAUUUUUACAGGCUGAGUGACAUCUUUAGUUGCUUUCCAGUAUAAUUAGAACUACUACUGUUGCUACUGCUACUAACAGAAUGGAUAUAUAUAUUGUGUUAUUUCUUCUUUACCCUCCUUUUCUUUGAGCUAUAUGAAAAUUCUCUUUUCGUUUGCAUUA